AUAAAAAUCGCGAGUUUGUGGCAAAAACAGCAGUUAAAUCGAUUUACCUAUUUCCUUUGUAAUUCGUUUUUUAUUGGCACAAAACAAAUUCGAUCGCUUCCGCUUUGCAUGACAACGCGAUUAUCGAUGAAACAUCGACCAAUUAAAAAUUCAAGGUCCUGUGAAAUCCCGGUUUUUAAAGACAAAUAUUCAUUCACAAAUCGGGCGAAUUUUGUUGUUGUAUAAGAAGUGAGGUUAUUUGUGAGAUGGCGGUAAACGGUUCAAAAAUCGAUGCUGAAAAAGUGCUGCGAGAUUUCCUGAAAAAACAUAAGAAAACAUCGGAAAAUGCCGUUGCAAUUACAAAAGACGAGUUCGUUUUGUUCUGUCGAGAAAUAUACGGGGCGAAUCACGAAUCAUACCCGGCAAUAUUCGACGUUUUCUGUCAAAAUAAAGACGAAAUCCUGCGUGAAAAUGAGUUACAAAUAUUCAUUGACAAGUGGUUGUCAAUUGUUUUAAACCCGGUCACCGCGAUUAUCAUAGUUGACGUACAAAACGACUUUAUAAGCGGUACGUUGGCUUUGAAAAACUGCCCGGCCAACCAGGAUGGGGCCGAUACAGUUUUGGGCGUCAACAAAUUAUUAGCGACGGUAAAAUUCGACAAGGUUUUUUACUCGCUGGAUUGGCAUCCGAAAGACCACAUUUCCUUCUAUGAAAAUCGCCAUUUAAGGCCGUUCCACGAAUCCAGUUUGGGGCUGGAUAAAGCACAAAUGUACGAUAAGGUUAUAUUCGAAGGUACCCCACCUACAGAGCAAAUAUUAUGGCCCACCCACUGCAUACAGGGUACAUGGGGAAGUGAGUUACACAAAGAUUUAUUGAGGGUGGAAGGGGCUGUGUACAUCAAAAAGGGCGUCAACUCCGAGAUAGACUCCUAUUCGGCUUUCUGGGAUAAUAAAAAACACUCCGCCACUGAUUUAUCAAAGUACUUAAAAAAAUUUAACAUAACCGACCUUUACGUGUGUGGCUUAGCCUACGAUGUUUGUGUGGGCUCGACAGCAUUGGAUUCUAUGGCACUGGGCUUCCGUACCAUACUCAUCGAGGACUGCUGUAAGGGUGUAACAGAGCAAGGGAUGGCAGAAAUGAAAAACAAAAUUUUAUCAGGGAACGGCAUUGUUGUUUCUUCAAAAGAAGUCAAUAAGUUAUUGGAUGGUUCGGUCAAAAGACCUGAGCUUGGCUAUUUCUUAGCCAAACACCUAACCAGUCAAAAAUAAUAAUUUCCAUAUGUAUUUAUGACCAUAAGUGUACUUAAUUUUAUUAUACUAAUGUUGAUGUUAAAUAAAAAAU